CUACGUGUCGGAUGUCGUCACGAGCACGCAGGAAAGCGUACGAUUCGAGAAAGCGGUUGAUCAGCAUUUUUUGUUGUAGCAUUGAUUAACUGUAAUAUAUCUGUGUAUUCUGUCCGCGUUCAUUUGAAGAAGAGAUUUUAUUUUAACAUGGUUGGGGUGAAAGUAAUCGGAAGCGAUUCGGAAUUCCAGCCGGAGCUGACCGGUGCCGGCUCCAGACUGGCCGUCGUGAAGUUCACCAUGGCCGGGUGUCGCCCAUGUGUCAGAAUAGCUCCAGCUUUCACCAUGCUGAGUAACAAGUACCCACAUGUUGUUUUUCUUGAAGUUGAUGUCCAUGUUUGUCAGGGAACAGCGGCAGCCAACAACAUCUCUGCCACGCCGACAUUCCUGUUUUUCCGAAACAAAGUGCGUGUGGAUCAGUAUCAGGGAGCGGACGCCACAGGCCUCGAGGACAAAAUCAAACAACACGUGGAGAACGACCCAGGGAGUAAUGAGGACUCGGACAUUCCCAAAGGAUACAUGGAUCUUAUGCCAUUUGUGAAUAAAGCCGGAUGCGAGUGUCUUAACGAGAGCGAUGACUGCGGUUUUGACAACUGCUUAAUCAAAGACUCGUCCUACCUGGAGUCAGACUGCGAUGAACAGCUCCUCAUCACAAUUGCCUUCAGUCAGCCUGUAAAGCUUUUCUCUAUGAAGCUGCAGGCAUCAGAUUUGGCUCAGGCGCCAAAGUGUGUCAAGAUCUUCAUUAAUCUUCCUCGCUCGAUGGACUUUGAUGACGCCGAGAGGAGUGAGCCGACGCAGACUCUGGAGCUUUCAGAGGAAGACUACAAAGACGAAGGCCUCAUCUCUCUCAGAUACGUCAAAUUUCAGAACGUCAACAGCGUCACCCUGUUCAUUAAGUCAAACCAAGGGGAUGAGGAAACGACAAAAGUGAACUACCUGACGUUUAUAGGAACCCCAGUGCAGGCCACCAACAUGAACGACUUCAAACGGGUUGUAGGGAAGAAAGGAGAGAGCCAUUGAGGAGGGAGACUGGACAAAUACAAGUGCGCUGGAACUGUUUCACAGCUCUCAUCAGAGAGUUUAAAAAUAAGGGUGAAGAAAGAAAGUGUUAAUCUGCACAUUUUUAUCUACCAUACACCCAAAACCUGUAAAUAAAGUAAAUCCUUUUUCAAAGGCA